AAUCAACAACUGGUUGAUUUAAACACAGACCGCACUCGCAAUCCACGUGUCAUCUCACACGCCUUCAACUCGUUCGCAAGCGCGAAUAGAAUUUGUGGUGCCCUCUACGAAACAAUUUGAAAGAGCCAUUUACAGAUUGGAUUCUCAGCCGUAGGUACGUAUCUUCAGCACAAACUAUUCACUCGCAGGAGAAAAACGUUGCUUUUCAAGGUUAGAAAACCCUCGCCAAUUGAACAAAAUUUGUCAGUCAAUAUAAUCAUUUUUUUAUUACUUAAAAAAGCUUGAAAUGGAGUGAAGCUGAUAGGGUACUUGCGUUUCAGUUACAACAAGAAUCAGGUAUUUCUGAAUCAUUAGCAUUUUUAUUCAGAAAAAAUAAAGUUAUGCAGUGCUGAGAUGCCUUUCAACGAGGUUAUGAAAUUAAAUAAUCUUGCUGAAAGAUAUUGCGGAAGCAAAAAUUCAUUGUGGAGAAAUGCGCUCCAGAAAAAUUCAUUCUUAAGAAGUUUAUCCCUGCUUCUCUAUAAUAAGACAGAGUUGAACUCUGCAAAUUUCCAUGAUUAUUGCAUUCAGUAGCAAAAAGUACGCCCAGUUCCAAAUUAGGGCUAAACUAUAUUGUCCUUUUAAAUGUUUUUGCAACCAGCCUCAGUCGCACUAGCAAACCCUCCUUUAUUCUUUUCUCCACAGUUAACUCCCUGUAAGUAUAGAAAUCCUAACCCUCCUUUCCUGUUUUAUCCGCAGUUGAAGCCCUGUAAAAAUCGUAGAAACCUUAGAACUAGGUAUUCUUACAGACCCAGGAGUAAUAAAAUUGGUCGAUGGAGACUAGUAGCUUGUUCUGUUGAAAGUAAUAAUAAGGACAAACCUGCCAUCAAUGUCGAAAUUCUUGAUGCAACAAAACCAAGUACACAGGCACUCUCAAAGAAAGUUUCAAGGGAGGCGGUAGAAGCAAAUCCACAAGAGAAAUUGAAAGUUGCUGGUUUAUCUAUUUCAACCUCAAAUUCAUUGGGAAGAAAGCAGGGUAUUGAACAGAAACAUGCGACAUUCUCCUUUGCAACAAGUGUGCAGGAUGACCCAUUUGUGUACAAGUUGAGCACUCAGCUUGGUAGCUUGCACGGUGCACCUAUACCUCCUCUUCUUGCUUUCCCUCGGACGGCCGUUUCUCUCUUUGGAUUCUUUUUCUUGGUGGGAGUUGUCUUUGACAAAGUCUGGACGUCGAGGAAAACAAAUAGCAAGCAGGUUGCCGAGGUACAAAACAGUAUUAGGCCUCAGGUACCAACAAACAUUUCUCAGUUUCUCGAACAGGAUCUGCAGAGGAAGGAGUCGGUAGAAUGGGUGAACAUGGUGCUUGGAAAGUUGUGGAAGGUUUAUCGGGUUGGACUGGAGAAUUGGAUGGUUGGGAUUCUUCAACCUGUUAUAGACAAUUUAAUGAAGCCUGGUUAUGUGGAGAGGGUGGAAAUCAAACAGUUUUUCUUAGGAGAAGAGCCCAUCUCAGUCAGAAGUGUGGAGCGGAGAACUUCUCGCCGUGCCAAUGAUUUGCAGUAUCAGAUUGGUCUUCGUUAUACAGGUGGAGCUCGUAUGCUAUUGAUGCUUUCAUUAAAAUUUGGGUUCAUGCCCGUAAUGAUCCCUGUUGGGAUACGAGAUUUAGAUGUUGAUGGAGAGUUGUGGGUAAAGUUGCGGUUGAUUCCCUCAGAGCCCUGGGUAGGGACAGCAACCUGGGCUUUUGUCUCUCUACCAAAGAUCAAGCUUAAUUUGGCUCCAUUUCGCCUUUUAAAUCUAAUGACAAUUCCAGUUCUCUCAAUGUUUUUGACUAAGCUAUUCACUGAAGAUCUACCUCGUCUCUUUGUUCGUCCAAAAAAAAUUGUGCUGGAUUUUCAAAAGGGGCAAGCAACAGGACCUGAUUCAAAAUAUUUCAAAAGUGGAGUUAUUCAGGAAGGCAACAAAGACUUUGCAGGGGAGUUAUCUGUCACGUUGGUAGAUGCUCGAAAGCUCAACUAUAUUCCAUUUGGAAAGACAGAUCCUUAUGUAGUCCUUGUUUUAGGCGAACAAGUCAUCCAAAGUAAGAAAAAUAGCCAGACUACUGUUAUUGGUCCUCCUGGUGCUCCUAUAUGGAAUCAGGAUUUCCAGUUGCUUGUUGUUGAUCCACAGAAACAAAAGCUGAGUGUUAAAGUGAGAGAUUAUUUUGGUCUCACAAAUCACACCGUGGGCAUGGGUGAGGUUGAACUUGGUAGUCUACAAGAUACUGUUCCAACUGAUAGGAGGGUUGUUUUAAAAGGUGGUUGGGGUCUCUUUAGCAAGAGUUUUACUGGUGAAAUUUUGCUUCGGCUUACAUAUAAAGCUUAUGUGGAAGAUGAAGAAGAUGAUGGGACAAGAGACAUGUCACUAGAAGAUGAUAUAUCUGAUGAUGAGAUGUUAACUUCAGAGGAUAAAAUUCGUGCUGGCACAUCCACUCGCAGCAAUGUCUCAGAUACUUCUGAGAAUGAGUCAUUUAUGGACAAUCUUGUGGCAUUGCUUGUAAGUGAGGAAUUUCAAGGAAUAUUUGAAUCUGAAGCAGUUAAUAAGGAAAACUUUGAAGAAAUCAAGGCAUCAAAAAUGGUUGAUACUAACACUGAGGGUGAAAGCUCAGCCAGUCAGUUGACAGAUGACAAAAAGGAACAGGAAGGCUCUGUAAUAUUUUGGCUUGCUCUAAUCACUGGUAUUGGUGUAUUGGUGGCUAUAAGCUUGGAUGGUUCAAACUUUUUCAAUCCUUGAUUUCCUAUAAAAAUCAAAAGUUCAUGUUCAGCUUUAAAGGCGGUGUGGCUUUCACAGUUUUGAUUAUCUUACCAAUGCGUUGUUUUCUAUAUUGCAAAGGUGCUUUCAUCAACUGGCUUGUGCAAUGUUUUAAUUUUUUUUGAAAUUAAUAAUUAUGGGUGAUCUUGAUUUCAAGGUUUGUGAAACUUGUACCAAUCUAUUUGUUUACCCAGACAUCGUAUUCAAAGAUGGAUGUGAUGAGCUAUUUUUCUAUAAAGCUCAUUUUUUAUAGUGUUAGGUUCUAGCUAGCAGCUUGCUUCACAAGCCAUCUCUUGGAAUAUUCUAGUUAUUAAUGGUAGUGCUACUCCUUUUGCGAUACAAUUGGUAUAUACCACUAUGGUUUAGGGUAUUGGUUUCUUAAUAAAUUGGGGUUCUAGUCUCCAUUUUGAGAAGUAUUUGUUUUAUUCUUUUCUGGAUUCGCAGAUGCAAUCCUUUACUGUUUGGUGUGCAGAUGCCUCCAACUGUUAUUCUUUUUCGUGAUUGUGCCUUAUUUUGUAUUCAGAUACGCUACAUAUUUUUGAAUGAA